AUUGUUCCUGAUGAAGUGAAGGGAGGAGAUGAAAACACGAGAUAAGAUAUAAAACACAAACAAACAAACAAACAAACAAACAAACAAACAAACAAACAAACAACUCCAACCGGACUUCCAGGCGGAGGCACCGGGAUCUCGCUGCGCCUCAAGCCGCCCUUAGGAGCUCCAACGCCGGCAUGAAGAUCGAGUUCGCCCCGCUGAACAUCCCGCUGAGGAGGAGGCUGCAGACCGCCGCGGUGCUGCAGUGGGUCUUCUCCUUCCUGGUUCUGGGUCUGGUGUCCAGCAGUAAGUCCAGUCUGUCCUACCUGGUCAGUCGUCCUGAAGGAGGGAACGUGGCCGUGAUCGCAGUGGGCGGAGCUCCAGAGGCUCUGGAAGCUCGACCCGGAGCACUGACCCUGCAAGUGAAACACAGGAAGGGUUUCAUCAAACUGGCCCUCAAACAUGGAGCCCAGCUGGUUCCGGUCUUUUCCUUUGGAGAAAACGAGCUCUUCGAUCAGAUGGAGAAUCCAGUCGGCUCUCCUCUGAGGAGGCUGCAGAACCGCCUGCAGAGCAUCAUGGGAAUCGCCCUCCCUCUGUUCCACGCCAGAGGAGUUUUCCAGUACAGCUUCGGUCUGAUGCCCUACAGGAAGCCAAUCCACACCGUCGUUGGGAAGCCCAUCUCGGUGUCUCAGAACCCCUGUCCCAGUUCUGAGGACAUCGAGCGUCUCCACAGCGUCUACCUGCAGGGACUGACGGAGCUCUUUGAGCAGCACAAGAACUCGUACGGARUGGGUCAGCACCAGCACCUCACCUUCAUAUGACCACAUGUUCUGGUCCAAAGACCCGCCUCAGAACUCCACAACACCUGACCUCUGUGAACACACCCUGUGACCCUGUUCCUGCGCUCUGAUUGGCCGAUUCAGACUCGACCUGAAGACCAACACCAGGCUGAUGAACUGAAACACAUCCACGGUUCUUCCACAGGAAGAGGGACCGAGCCGGACCAGAACCUCCUGCAGGUCUCAGCUGUAAUCAARGUGACUGAGCAGCAGGGGGCGCCACAACCAAAGAUUUCAGAAGUGUUCUGGUGGUCCCACCUGGACCACAAUCUGAGUCUGGGUUCAGUUUCUGAGGAUCUGAACUGGUGUUUCUGAUGUUUACAUGUUUCAGGAAAAAUCAACACGUUACUGAUAAUAAAACACGCCUUUCACAAUAAAACAUCUUAAUAAUUAAACAAUAAUAAUAAUUAAACAAUAAUAAUAAUUAAACAAUAAUAAUAAUUAAAGCUGUAUAAAACAUAGGAAUGAUGAAAAUUGUCUUUACUAAGAAAAUAAAAACUUUUGAGUUCAUGGAUCUGA